AUGAAAAUAGUUUUCCUCAAAUGGAAAAGAAAGAAGUAUUUAAUAUUAGGGGCAGUGAUAAUUCUUAUAUUUUUCUAUGUGAUAAAUUUUACCUCUUUAAAACAUUCUCAGACAGACUUUAGUUAUCUACGUUUACCAAAUGACAAUCUUCCCGAACUCACACAGACCAAUCUGGAGGAACUGCCUGAUUCCGGGCUUGAUAAAAUCCCCAGGAUCAUACAUCAAACAUGGAAAACAGCCGACAUUCCCGAUUUAUACAUCGAUUGGAUUAAAUCUUGGCACACCCUGAACCCUGAUUGGGAAUAUUGGUUCUGGACUGACGAAAACACCCGUGCAUUCAUUGCACAAAAAUAUCCAUGGUUUUUAGAUGUGUUCGAUAAUUAUCCCGAACCUAUUCGCCGCGCAGAUUCAAUGAGAUACUUUAUUUUGUAUGAAUUCGGUGGAGUGUAUGUAGAUCUAGAUAUGGAAAAUCUCAAAUCAUUGUCGCCAUUGAUCAAAAAGUAUUAUUGUUUUCUAGGACAGGAACCGUACGUUCAUCCCAUGAUCGACUCAAAUUUUGAACAUUUGCCCAUCAAUGCCAUAAUGGGGUGCCGGAAAGGUCACCCUUUCAUGAAAUUGUUGAUGGACCAACUCCCUAAAUUUUCUAAUAUGUGGCAUGUGCUCGAUUCCACGGGUCCCCAUUUUAUGCGACUUUGGUUUAAAGAUUAUAAGAAAUAUAAUUAUAAUGCUGAACAUGAAAAUGGAACAUUUUUAACACCACCGGAAUGGUUCUUUCCGUUUGUUGAUCCAGUAAAAAUAAAGGAUUUUCACGCAAAAUGCAGUAAAUAUGACUCUCUACUUCACCAUCAGAAAAGAGCUUGCCAAUUUAUCAAAGAAUAUAAUGGUGUUCCGUCCAAUUUGAAGCAUGCUUUUACUAAUCAUCAUUGGAUACAUACCUAUUUCAUAUCGAGAUACAGUCUUCAACCCCCUCGUAAUAUACAUUCCAUUGUACCUUCUGUAAAAAUCUGGAAACCAUAA